UAACGCGAAAAAUGGCCCAACAGCAAGGUCUGUUUUACUGUGAAACUAAUAAACACUGACUAAAACAUUACUUUUGUGCAGUGCAAAUGGAACAAGUCCAAGUGAUGGAACAGAGGGUGGGAUUGGCAGAGGUGGUUAGGGAAUUAAUAAUGCUAAGAGAACAAGUACAGAAAUUAAUGAGGAUAGGUGUAAACAAUGGAUUAUUAAACAGG